GACUCUCCUGAUAAAUGCUGGAGCGGUCUUGAACUUCAAGUUCAAAAAAAGAAGUGAUAAUAGUGCCUUUGAUGACGGAAUCAUGGAGCCAACGACAGGCGAUAAAGUUCGUGAGUUUUUGCUGAAUCUAAGAUACUUCAGGAUAUUUAUUGCUUUAUGGAACAUAUUGAUUAUGUUUCUCAUGCUGAUAUUCUUCGGAUCGUGACCCUGUCAUGCCACAUGUCUAAGGCCUGGAACGAGUCUGCAAUACAAUACACCUGGUCUGCGCAUUGAAGGUGGUGUUAUCUUUCCAGUUGGAGUGAGUUACUGACAGAAACUUCAUCGCAAAAUGUGAACAAAACUUCUUGAAAGAAGCUCUAUAUUGGAGACAUAAAUUCUAAAGUGGGAGAAAUUGAUGCUCCCUGUGAUUGGCCAGCGCAUGGUGCGGACCACCAAAGAAGACAUAGUUGUGAACAUGUGCCUUCUUAUACAAAUGUAUUGACCGGUAGUCAUAAAAAGGGGAAGUCCCCCCUGAUAUUCAGUUGGUGUUAAUAGAAGCAGAACAAUGAGAGAAACAGGUCAGUGAAAGUUCGAGGAAAAACCUAUUAAAAAUAAGAAAGUUAUGCUUUUUUGAAGGCACAAUCAAUUAAACGCAAAUUGGCAACUCUGUGACGUAUCUUGCAAGGUCCCCUCCCAUUCACCCUUUAAAAAUCUAUGUUGUCCUUUAAGAAUAUUUUCAUUCAUGGCAUUCAACCUAAAUAUAUUUAUUGCAAAUACGUUUUUAUGCAACCCCUGCAUGAAAUAGAUCUAUUCUGUCAUCAAUAAACCUUUAUGUACAGAGCAAAUUGGAGAGGAGCUCACAAGAUACAUCAGUGUUGCUAAUUUGUGUUUCACUGAUGAUAACUU